GAUAAGAAAAAUACAAGAGUCAACGACCGUGCCACUCGACUGCGACCACAGUGAAGAACCACAGCAUCCAACGGAAAACAAUAGCAAAGAAGGAAUAACAUCUCCGAUACCGUUCGAUCAGCGCUGUGUGGCGGACUGGCAUCGUGGGCGGAUCAUUUAGUACUGUCGUGUAACGCAAGUCCCCUGUGCAUUUUCAACCUUUUUUUCUUCCUCCUUUUCUCUCUCGUUGGCUUGUUUACUUCCGACAGUGAAGCCCCUACCUCUCCCGCCGGUUGUCCGCCUCUCGCUCGUCAUUGUGUCUCUGUGUCCAUCCGUCAUGAUGGCAGACACCGACUCUCAACUCUCCCUGCAGUCCCUCACGCCGCUGGACCUGAAGCAGCUGUCUCGGCAGCAGAAGAUUCGGCUCUUUCAGGACUACCGCGCCAGCGGGGCGCGCAAUGCGAACAAGAUUCUUUUCCUAGCCACCGACCUCCUUGCCGGGGGCUCGAGCGGGCUCAGCUCCAGUGAGCUCUACGAGGUGUACGAGCAGGUGUUGAUCGCGUCGUUAGAGUGCGGCCGCAUCGAGAACGCGACCAUGUACCUGAACCUGCUGGAGAACCGCUUUGGUAAGAAGUCGGUGCGUGUGAGCCACCUGCGCGGCCUCUGCCUGGAGGCGCAGGGGAAAUCCAGCGAGGCGAAAAAGCUGUACGAGCAGGUACUCAAAGAGAUGCCGACGAAUGACUUUUGUGUAAAGCGACUCUCCGCGAUGUACAAGGCGGAUGGGCACUACGAGGCGGCCAUUCGCGUGCUGGAGGAGGACCUCGUCUACACGGACGAGGACGAAAAAAAGCACACCUUUUUUGAGGUGCACCGCGGUGACUCCAUGCACACGCUGCGUGAGUUGAGCAACCUACACUACCUGCUCGGCAACAUCGACAAGGCCAUCUUCUACGCCGAGGAGGUGCUGCUCUUCGAUGCGGACUCGUACUUCGCCCAUGCGCGUCUGGCAGAGCUGUAUUACGUGAAGCGCGACCUGCCGCGCUGUGUGACGGAGUACGCCCAGUCGCUGCUCUUCAACUCCGAGCCGAACAACGCCCGGUCCGCCUACGGUCUGUGGCAGACGACGUUGGAGAUGCUGCGUCAACAUCAAUCCGGCGUGAAGAAGUUGGAUGAGGAGAAGGAGUUGGCGCAGACGCAAGACUUACACACCUACGCCGCAGAGACGCUGCACCGCAUGUACGCAGGGAGUCCGAUGCUGUCGGCCCUCGACGCAUACGUGCAGCGCGAAGCUUAA